CUAUUAGCGCAAGAGAGUGCACAGAGGGAUACUCCUGUUGGGCCGUGUACGAAUAUUAAAUCUGAAAUGUUCUCAGGAAUUUACAAAAACACGAGAACAAUUGCUCAUUUAUGAACAUUUCCGGUGGAGAAAUGUACUAAUAAUAUUCAUGUAAGUGACAUUUUCAAUGCAGCACUUUUACUUGUGAUGGACUAGGCGAGUUUUAUAUUGCAGUGACCUAUUGUUGUUACAUUAUGCUUAAUUAAGGAUCCACACACACAGGACAGUUAAGUGCACGUCUGAUAGUCAUGAUCAGUUAUGGAUAUAAAUUUCUAGUUUCACAUCACUUAAUUAACUAAAGCUCAAAAUCAACAGACCAGCGAAACUUAAACAGGCACUUUACAUCCCUCCGAAGGUGGGCAGAGAAGCCUCGGCAAAGCUAUAUUGCAAUAUGAAUUAAGUGACCUGGCGUCUGUGAACUGCACUCAACAUUAAUGUUCACCAGCUGAUCUGUUAAACAUAUCUCAGUGAGACUUUGCAAUUUAGGCCACUCACAGUUUUAUUAAAGUAUGCAAUGUCUUCUCGCGAAUGACUGAAAAUAGCCUAAUGUACUACUGUAUGGACUCAACCAAGGAGAGAUUUAGCCGUUUUGCAUCGUUUGAUUAUAAACAUUUCUAUGGCGGCCUGAAGAGGUGAAAUAAUCUAGAAUUCACAAGAAAAAAAGCAAACAUUAAAGAAAAAUCUGAAAUUGACCCUAAUCUUGUGAAACAGAAACAUUUAUUUUCUUUCGAGUGCAUUUCAUCAUACCCACCAUUUGGCCACACACGCGUCAUACACCACACCACUUGAUAGCCUAGAUUGUACACUAGAUGCGCAGUUUGCGCACAUAUUGCGCAUUUACGAUACAAACAGAGUGUGUAGGAAGCCUCGCCCAAUUCAGUUUUACUGUACGUGGUAACCCGACCACAGGAGGAAACUUAAAUAACAAAACUUAUUUUGCAGAGAGUAGACAACCUCUUGUCUGACAACUUGAACUAUGUUAUUGUUGUACAUUACUUUUUCCUGCGUCUUGUUUGGUUCAGCCGCUGAUGUAAAGUAUGAACAGCUGUGUUAUGGCAGGAGUUUUAGAUUACCAUUUGAUUAUACACCACCUGCUUUCCUUGGAAAGCUGUACUUCAGUCCAAGCAAUGGGGGAUCCAGCAAGCUAGUGAUGGAUAAAGGGGAGACGAAGGACCCACGCCUCCAAGUUUUCAAAGAUUCAGUUAAUUUCACAAUGACAGAAAGAGAUGGUGGCACCUUUUCUGUCUCAUUUGGUGACAAUAGGCCUUACAAUGUCAUCACACUGAAGAUUUGGGAUUGUACUGACUGGAUCAGGAGGCAUUACGGGGAUACGUAACACUGUGAUGUUCCUAGACAGGCUGAAUUCCUGGAGUUCACACAAGUUCACAGUCUGGACCAGCCGAAGGUCUGGUGGAAUCGCACGGACCCUCAGACCAAUAAGGGAGGCAGAGGACAGGUGAAGGGUAAUGUCUGGAAGAUUAUGAACCUCACUCAAGCAGACAACGGCUUCUACAGCUUCAGAGGAAAAGACACAAUACUGUCUACCAUACAGCUCAUAGUAAAAGAGUACAGUAGAUACUAUAAGCCAAAGGAGAAUAAGCGACUCCUCAUGCAGUAUCCUGCGGACUUUGCCUUGUGGAAUGUGACUUUUAUGCCUAAGGAGGAAAUGGGACCCCAAACAGUGAUGACAGCAGGCAAUCUGGUCACAGAAGAUGACACAAGUGUAAAGCCAUGGCAUUUUUCAGGGAGGAUUCGGGUCGUACCUGAUGGCAUAGAGAUUAAUCCCAUUACAGGCACAGAUUCUGGUACCUUUGAGUUCAGAGACCCGCAAGGCAACCUGGCCCAGACUGUGAAGGUGGUUGUAAAGCAGGAAUCUACUUUUUCAAAUGUUUUUACUGGUACUAUUUUCGGGGUAGUCUUAGCUGUGAGUGCCUGCUGUUACUGCUUGAAGAAGUGCUGUUGUUGCUGUAAACGGAGCUCUAAAAGAGCCCAGACGGUGGCAGCACCUGCUGUGUAUUCCCAUGGUGAGAAUCAACCUGCAGACUCAAGCUGCUCUGCUGCAGAUUACUCUGAUCAGCCAAUGGAUCUUCUUAAUUCUGGAGAACCUGAAAUUAACUCCCUUGGGUCCUUGGUGUACAACAUAGUGAAUAUCUACGAGAACCCCCCACAGCCUGAGGUUGCACCUCUAGGAGGGCAGGGAGCCACUCCAACUCUUUCAAUCAGCUUUGAUUGUCUCUCCUCUGACCCUGAUCCAGAGUUUGAGCUGAAAGGACUGAUCUUUUCCUCUGCACCUCUCAGUUCAGAUACAACUUUCUGUGACGUUUAUAUAUCUGAGAAACUCAACUUUCUGAAAGGAGUAGAUUGAACAUUCAAGCAAGUGAGUAGAAUUCAGCAUUGUGCUUCGUGACAAGCUGGAACGCAGUCCUUGACUGGACUGUGUGUUAUAUGCACAUUAAACAUUAAGUUCUCGCAAAUCUGCAAAUUUCUGGUGAUCAGUGCACGGGAUAAAUACCAUGGAGCCUGUAGAAACAAUACGUCAUUCACACUAUGUUGACACAUGACCAGACUUAUCAUAAGUGUGGGAUAUCCUCUUUCUGUCAAUAUAAUUACGCACACAAAUGCCGUAUGAUCAUAGAAGUUUGAGGCUAAUAAUAUAUUAAUAGUUUCUUUUCAGUCAAGUCUUGAUAACUUGUGUAUUGUUUGUAGUUGAAAGCGAAUCAGUGGAGGUUAGGACUUAUACCAAGACAAAUCAAUUUAAGUCUUUUCCCACAAAUGCUUAAGGUAUUGAGGUCAUUUUUUUAAAUGCAGGUUUUUCUCAGGUAAUUAAGAAUAAAGCUCACUUUGUAGCUGUA